GGCUACGUUAUGGCCUAGAUCGUGAGACCGCGAUCUGUGCACACGAAUAGCUACUAUCAUUGAGCCAAGCCCAACGUCAUAGCCCCAUCGAUCGUCCCUAUAUUCACCCAUCUAGAAGUCGGAAUUGUAUAGAAGGGUAGUUCUUCAGAUGCUCUUGCAUUUUUUCUCAGCCCAUUAUUUUUCUACUUCCAUUAUCUUCAUAUUCCAUUAUCUCGCAGACUUCUUAGACUAUCCAUUUCGCAAUUCAUCUUUUGUUUACAACCCUAAGCCCGUCGCCGCGCCCAUGGCAAUCACAACUCAGGCCAAAGAACACCAACCUCAACCCUCGCACUCGGAUGCAACCAAUUCAAUUUUUAGUCGCUGUCAGGCUGGGUCAGUGAAUAGCCACACCUCCAACUUGUCAGGCGGAUCAGAUAUCCUGGGAAAUGACAAGAACCCUUUGCCUGAGAAGUAAGUACUUCCUUCUCCUCUACGUUAACUGUUAUUUGAGUCUAAUUUAUUCAAUAAUUAAUAGACAACGCA